GAGAGGGUCCAGGGAUAUAGGUCGGGAUAGUAGGGGGAGGCUGGAGACACAUCUGGACGGAGCAGCCCAGCUCCUUCCAGUUGAUUGUUAGUCCGCAGCGAUGACAGCUCAAGUCUCAGACCCUCAGGGGAUCCCCGAGACUACAGCUAAGGAAGAUAAGGAAUUGGGGGGCCCUGGUCCCAGAAGGGACAAGUCAUGGCUAGAACGGCACUUCUCCCUGCUCCUUCGUCGAGAUCGCCAAGCCCAGAAGACCAGCCAGCUCUUUUCUGGGCUCCUGGCACUCAAUGUGGUGUUCCUGGGGGGAGCCUUCAUCUGUAGCAUGAUCUCCAACAACGUGGCCAUCACCCUGGGUGAUGUCUGGAUCCUGCUGGCGGUGCUCAAGGUGCUUGCCCUCCUCUGGCUUCUCUACUACAUGGUGGGUACCGUCUACCUGCCACACGCUAUCCUGUACCAAGAUCCCCACGCUGGGCCUGUCUGGGUUCAGGGCUCCCUGGUGUUGUUCGGUAGCUGCACCGUACUUCUCAACGUCUUCCGAAUUGGCUACAUCAUCAGUCACAUCCAUUGCAAGUCUGAGGUGGAAAUUGUCUUCCCCAUCAUUGAGAUUCUCUUCAUCAGUCUUCAGACCUAUGCGCUAUGGAGCCACAGCAAAGACUGUGUUCAGGUCCAGAUGAAUCUUACCAGGUGCGGACUGAUGCUAACUAUGGCUACCAACCUGCUCCUCUGGAUACUGGCCGUCACCAAUGACUCCAUGCAUCGGGAAAUUGAAGCUGAAAUGGAUGCCCUCGUGGAAAAGUUCACAGGCAAUGAGACCAACACUUGCCUUUGCCUCAAUGCAACUAUAUGUGAAGUCUUUCAAAAGGGUUACCUGAUGCUCUACCCCUUCAGCACCGAAUACAACCUCAUCUGCUGCGCCAUCCUCUAUGUCAUGUGGAAGAAUGUGGGCCGAAAGCUGUCUCCUCACAUAGCUGGUCCUGGCCGGCCCAACUUCCACCUCCAUGGAGCCAUCUUUGGUCCCUUGUUGGGCUUCCUGGCUCUGGUGGCAGGGGUCAGUGUCUUUGUCCUCUUCCAGAUCCAGGCCAGCGGCCCCUCCAUUGGUUAUCAGUACUUUACCCUUUACUAUACUUUUUAUGUGAUUGUCCUGCCUGUCAUGACUCUGGCGUGCCUGAUGGGUACGGUCAUACAUGGACUGGAAGAGAGGGAAAUGGACACAGUCAAGAACCCCACUCGAAGCCUUGAUGUGGUACUUCUUAUGGGUGCUGCCCUGGGCCAGAUUGGUAUCUCCUAUUUUUCCAUCGUGGCUAUUGUGGCCACCAAUGUCCAAGAGCUGCUCAACAGACUUAUCCUGGCCUAUUCAAUCCUGAUCAUCAUUCAGCACAUCACCCAAAACCUCUUCAUCAUUGAGGGCUUGCACCGACAGCCACUCUGGGAGACACCCAUCCAGCGCCAGAAUGAUGGCCUAGGGGAGGAGUGCCCACCAGGCCUUCGUCGAGGAUCCAUGCUGGAGCUGGGCCAGGGCCUGCAGAGGGUAUCCCUGGCCUACAUCCACAACUACAGCCACCUCAAUUGGAAGCGUCGAGUUCUUAAGGAAAUUUCCAUCUUCCUCAUCCUCUGUAACAUUACGAUGUGGAUGAUGCCAGCAUUUGGCACACACCCUGAGUUUGAGAAUGGACUGGAGAAAGAAUUCUAUGGCUACAGGACUUGGUUCACUAUUGUCAACUUUGGCCUACCUCUGGGGGUCUUCUACCGAAUGCAUUCUGUUGGGGGGCUAGUAGAAGUCUACCUCGGCGCCUGAUUCAAGACAGUCCACAGCCAGUCAGCCCUGGCACUGUUCCGGCUUCUCUCCUCUGCCUUGAUCCCAAGCCAUACAGUUCCAGAGGCUACUGGAAGACACCUGCCCCAAGCCUCUUCUCCAUCCACAGCCAAGAAAUCCAAGUAUCCCUCCAUUCGAGCAGAGGCAGAAACUAACUAGAGUGGGUUCCUCAAAGUCUCACUGCCUCCAGGAACCAUCAACCUGGAGGUUUGGGGACACUUUGCUGUCUUCUCCAGAGCCAAGGAUGAGAUCCCCAGAUGCUAUUCUGGGGUGCUAGUGGGAGGGGCUACAUAUGUUUAUGUUUUUAAAUCACCUGAGAGCCCCAAAUGGCACAGAUGGCAGUCCAAUCCUGGUACAUGGUAGUGGCUCUUCCUAGAGCUAGUUUGGGGAGCCUGUGCCAGGGGUCUGUAUGAGAGGUUGGGGAGUGGGAAGACAGUUGUACCCCCUUCCAGCAAAUGCCUCAGCAGGCCAUCUCAUACCUGCCUCUGCACCUGUUUGUCCUACCACUGCUCAGGGCCAUCUUCCUAAACUAAGUUAGCCGCAAACCUAUCGUCUUCAGGGGGGGCCACUCCACCCAUUCACCAACCCCUCCCUCCCUUCCACCAAGCCCUACACAUACCACACACACACACAC